AUGAAGAAGUCACAAUCCCGGUUUGAGAGCAACUAUGAAUUCUCAGAUGAAGAGCGAAUUCAGUAGACUUUAACAAAAAAUAAUACCAAUAUUAAUAAAAACAUAACCAAGAAUCCUAAAUUUCAAAACACCGACUAAAUUCUUAUUCAUUUUGAGUCCCCGAGAAGCCAGAAGAGGAGAGUUACCUUCGAUGAAAGAUGCUAAGUCUACCAAAUCAUUUGA